GCGGCGACGGGAGCUCCUGUAUCGGCAGGGACGGGUCUCCCACCGCUAUUCUCUGUCUGUGCGGAGGAAAAACACUGACAGAGAAGAAAGACGACCGCGAAUUUCCUCCACGAAGCUCCCUCUGGAAACUCCGAUGGAUUAAUUUGAUUUUUCUGCGACAGUAGAGAAUGGGCUGUGUCCAAUGUAAGGAUAAAGAAGCAGCAAAACUCACUGAUGACCGGGAGACCAGCCUUUCGCACAACUCGGGCUACCGCUAUGGGUCCGACCCCACUCCGCAGCACUACCCCAGCUUUGGGGUCACCACCAUUCCCAACUACAACAACUUCCACAGCGCAGCCUCGCAGGGAGUCACUGUGUUCGGAGGAGUCCACACGUCCUCGCAGUCUGGGACCCUUCGGUCUCGGGGAGGCACAGGGGUGACUCUCUUUGUGGCCCUUUAUGAUUAUGAAGCCAGGACCGAGGAUGACCUCAGCUUCAGAAAAGGGGAGAGGUUCCAGAUCCUCAACAGCACCGAGGGAGACUGGUGGGAGGCUCGUUCUCUCACUACAGGUGGAACUGGAUACAUUCCCAGCAAUUACGUAGCUCCCGUGGACUCCAUCCAAGCCGAGGACUGGUAUUUUGGUAAAUUGGGUCGAAAGGACGCAGAGAGGCAACUGCUCUCCAACGGCAACGCCAGAGGCACUUUCCUGAUCCGUGAGAGCGAAACAACUAAAGGAGCCUACUCUCUCUCCAUCCAGGACUGGGAUGACGUGAAGGGAGAUCACGUUAAACACUAUAAAAUCCGCAAACUGGAUAAUGGAGGCUACUACAUCACCACCAGAGCCCAGUUUGAGACACUCCAGCAGCUAGUGCAGCACUACUCGGCCAGGGCUGCAGGCCUGUGCUGCAGACUGAUCGUGCCGUGCCACAAAGGCAUGCCUCGUCUGACCGACCUGUCUGUCAAAACCAAAGACGUGUGGGAGAUCCCGCGGGAGUCGCUGCAGCUUAUUAAACGCCUCGGCAAUGGCCAGUUCGGAGAAGUCUGGAUGGGUACGUGGAACGGCACCACCAAGGUGGCAGUGAAGACUCUUAAGCCCGGCACUAUGUCACCUGAGUCCUUCCUGGAGGAAGCUCAGAUAAUGAAGAAGCUCCGACACGAUAAGCUGGUGCAGCUCUAUGCUGUGGUGUCCGAGGAACCCAUCUAUAUAGUCACAGAGUACAUGAGCAAAGGGAGUUUGCUUGAUUUCCUGAAGGAUGGUGAAGGUCGAGGCCUCAAACUGCCAAAUCUAGUGGACAUGGCGGCUCAGGUGGCGGCGGGCAUGGCUUAUAUCGAGAGGAUGAACUACAUCCACAGAGACCUAAGAUCUGCCAACAUCCUAGUCGGAGACAGCCUGGUGUGCAAGAUUGCUGACUUUGGUCUGGCUAGACUCAUCGAGGACAACGAAUACACAGCAAGACAAGGUGCGAAGUUUCCCAUAAAGUGGACCGCUCCUGAGGCUGCACUCUACGGGAAAUUCACCAUCAAGUCAGACGUGUGGUCAUUUGGUAUCCUGCUGACAGAGCUGGUGACCAAGGGCAGAGUGCCCUAUCCAGGCAUGAACAACCGUGAGGUGCUGGAGCAAGUGGAGCGAGGCUACCGGAUGCCGUGCCCCCAGGACUGCCCCUCGUCCCUGCAUGAGCUAAUGCUACAGUGCUGGAAGAAAGACCCAGAGGAGAGGCCCACCUUUGAGUACUUGCAAGCCUUUUUGGAGGACUACUUCACUGCCACUGAGCCUCAGUAUCAGCCAGGGGAUAACCUCUGAGCGCCGCGGCCCUCGUCUCAUGUCGUUUCACCAGAAUUCCACCAGAGGGAGCCAGACACCACGCGUUCUUUCUCAUUCUGCGGCUCUAAUGGUUUUAAAAGCUGGCAGACUCGCUUUCCAACCUUCAGACGUCAUACAAACAGGACAGAGGGGUGCAAACACAGCAAAGUGACUAUCAGAAUUAGAAGUGACUGUCAUGGAUGAACGACAUGAGUUAUGUUGUGUAACGUGUAUGUAAUGUAAAUACAAAUUGCUUGUUUACUUAUUAUCUUUUUUCUGUUUUGUAUUCCUUUUGAUAAUUUGGAAAUGUGUGAUUUUUUUUUUUUUCUCUUUUUUUCCCAUUUUUAAAUGCAAGGUUACAUUUGUUAUGGCUCGUAGAGAAGUGUGUGAGGCUCACAAGCUGGUUACAGAUGUAGGAAUAAUAAUUGUUGGGAAUAGUUAGACACUGUGGACCAAAGUGUAUCUGAAAAUUAGUUUUUUCUUUUUUCUGGGAGUCCACUGACUUUUUUCUUUUUCUUUUUUCUUUUCCUUUUUUUAUAAGGUUAAUGUAACAAUACUUUUCUCCUCUUCUCAAGGACUUUAGAUGUACUAUAACACCUGUUCUUGCCUUUUCUUGUUUAGUAAUAUUCUUAUAAUGUAAGGGAAUGCCUUCAUGCUUUACACACACUAACUCAGUGCAUCAUGGACUCUUCCUCCCAAAACUGUAUGCCAUCUGCACUAAUAUUGUGCAUUCAUUGCAUUUCAGCUUCUGCCAGUGAUCUUUUUUUUUAGGACUGGCUUAAAGUGACUUUUAAGUUGAGCUUUACGUAGUUCAAAUGAGGACUGACCUCCUCUCUAACUGCAAUCUUCGUUCAGCUGACUGCUUAGUAUACUGACAGUAUUUUUAAAUGUAUGUUGCAGAUGGCAGCAGGCUGUGUAAGACUUCCACACUGUCUUUAUGCUUCAACAGCCAAACAAACUGCCACUUACAUGAUAUGAAUGAAGGAUGUGUACCUGUGUUUGUCCCUCCAUAAUGUGUAUUUGAAUAUAACAGUUUGUGAGACCAAAUACCUUUUCAUUUCAUUUUAAGAACAUUUCAGUCAGUUGUUAAGAGAAUCGAAUAAUUGAUUAUUUCCAGGCAUUCGGCUUUGGAUAGCAUUUCAUCUUCCUUUAUUAUCAAUUUCCUCUCACUCUUAGUGUGUAAUCACAUGACAAUGUGCCAUUUAUGUGUAUUUAUGUUGCUCUCCACGGGUGGAAAAGUCAGCAGAAACUUUUGUAUCACUCCGUUUGCCCUGAGUUUAGUAGGUAUUCAAAACUUUUGGUCUCUAUUUAUUGUCUCUGUCUGUUCUGCGUGCACAGCUGUUUUUGAAAUAAAGAAUCCUGCCAUUACGACGCACUAUUUAACACUGUUUGUGA